CUGGGCAGGAAGGGUAUAAAGCCAGUAGGAUUCCAGUUUCACUACAACAGGAGACAGCAGGUAGGAGAAGACGCCACAGACGCAACAGACCAUAUACUACUGUAGUGUACCUUUACAAGGAGUCAUGGUGAAGUGUGUAGCCGUAAUUCUGUCAGGGUGUGGAGUCUAUGAUGGGACUGAGGUCCACGAGGCGUCAGCUGUACUGGUCCACCUCAGCAGGGCUGGAGCUAAGGUCCAGAUGUUUGCCCCCAACGUGGACCAAAUGCAUGUAGUGAAUCACUGUGAGGGGAAACCCACAGCUGAGAAACGCAACGUCCUGGAGGAGAGUGCUCGAAUCGCCCGCGGCGAUGUGUCUGACCUUGCCAAGCUAGAGAUCACCGCCUUCGACGCCCUCGUUAUCCCAGGUGGUUUUGGCGUGGCUAAAAAUCUGUCUGACUGGGCUGUGAAGGGGAAGGAGUUCACGGUUCAACCCCAAGUAGAGAAGCUGAUUAAGGGGUUCCACGCUGCAGGCAAGCCCCUGGCUAUGUGCUGCAUCUCCCCUGUCCUAGCUGCUAAGGCUCUGCCGGGGUGUGAGGUCACCGUGGGACAGGACAAGGAGUGUGAGAGAUGGCCCCAUGCCCAGACGGCAACUUCCAUGAAGGAGCUGGGCUGUAAACACGUGAAUAAGAAAGUGGGGGAGGUCCACAUCGAUGUGAAGAACAAGCUGGUCACCUCCUCCGCCUUCAUGUGUAACGCUCCCAUACACGAGGUGUUUGACGGGGUGGGCGUCAUGGUUACAGAACUGCUCAAACUGGCCUAGGACACGUCUGAGAUUCAGAAUACUGAUUAGCUGUGCUUCUCAAAAGUCACCCUGUUCCCUUUAUAGUGCUGAUGUGAUCUUCUCAAAAGACACCCUGUUCCCUUUAUAGUGCUGAUGUGAUCUUCUCAAAAGAUACCCUGUUCCCUUUAUAGUGUCGAUGUGAUCUUCUCAAAAGGCACCCUGUUCCCUUUAUAGUGCUGAUGUGAUCUUCUCAAAAGACACCCUGUUCCCUUUAUAGUGUCGAUGUGAUCUUCUCAAAAGGCACCCUGUUCCCUUUAUUGUGUUGAUGUGAUCUUCUCAAAAGACACCCUGUUCCCUUUAUAGUGCUGAUGUGAUCUUCUCAAAAGACGGGAAUCGGGAGCCAUUUGGGAAGUGACCUCACAAUCAUGUUUGUUGUUGUUGUUGUUGUUGUUGUUGUUGUUUGUUUACCUGGAGACCCUCCUGAUUGGAAUGUAAUGGACAGAAGAAGCAGAAGAAGACGGUGUUUCUGUUGCUUCAUCUGUCUGACUGUGGGAUGACUUGUGUUUUUAUCAACAUCGUAAUAAAACUCAAACCAAAUUCUAAAAAUGG